AUGAGUAAAAUAGGAGGCGGCCCACAUAAUGAUGGAGAGGAGGAUGGAGAGGGGGAAGGAGACAAGUGGAAAGGAGAAGGGACUGGAGCAGCGGGGAUAUCUAAGAUAACGGAUUUCCUCCAGCACCACCAACUGCUGGUCCUGCCGCUAGCCAGCUGUCUUCGCUGUGGGUCUCCCUCCGUCACGUCCCCUGAUGGUACCCCCCUCCACGGGCCUGGUGCCGUCCUCCGCCCCCUCAUGCCUCUCUGGUGGCUCUCCCUCCUGGCUCUGCACCUGUCUGCAGGUGUGCGUCUUGCGGGCGCGGCGGUGUCGGACAGCUUCAGAGAGUGCAGCCAGUUCUUUUACAUGCGCACGGCACCCGCGGGCAUCCGAGGAGGCAACCUGCGGAGGAUAUGCCAGCGCUACGACGACGAGCCGCGGUACGCCACCCUGUACGACGCCAGCCGGCGCUUGGCCGUCUUCUCGGCGUACACGUUCAAGAAGACGGACGGCAGGAGUCGCGUGGACACGCCGUGGAUGUAUGAACCACAGUUAGCGUCUGCGAACGAGAACGGCAACAUGCGGACGCUGGCCCUCAGUGACGAGGCCGAUCCGCUCAUCGAGGAGAGCCAGGCGCUGCUGCCCGACUACACGGACGCCGUGGAGUACGAGCGCGGCCCGCUCAACCCCGACCAGCACCAGUCCAGCAGCCCGGACAAGGCCUCCACCUACACGCUCACCAACGUGGUGCCGCUGGCCGUGGACUUCCUGGAGGGGCCCUGGACCGGCUACACGCACGCGGUCCGGCGCCGCCUCAACAACUUCUGCCUCGGACCCGCCUACGUGGUCACCGGGGUGACCGUCUCCGGCGGGCUCAGCAUCCGCAGGGGGAGAGACGCCCGGCUGGCCGUCCCGGAUCGGGUGUGGUCGGCGUACUGCUGCCCGCGCUACGACCGGCACGCGCCGUACGAGGUGCGGUACAUGCUGCCCGCGUACGCGGCGUACGGACUCAACCGGAGCGGGCAGGCCGUGCUGGAGGUGCCGCUGAAGACUCUGGAGAGCCUGCUGAAGAGCCACGCGGACGUGGAGUCCGACCUCGCACUCUUCCAUGGAGACUGUGUGACAGAGAACACAGCCAAGAAGAAGAAAUAG